GAAUUACAUUGAGACCGAAAUGAUAAUAGACCGAAUGAACUAAAUCAAGGACGGAUUGAAUGGUAGACUAGGAAAAUGUCAGUCUCGGGAAGUUUUCCCAAGGAAUUUUAUCAAAAAUUCAGACGGGAAUCAUUGCAGGAACCCACAGAAUGGAAGGAUAUAAGAAAAUACCAUUUAAUGUUUGGCGAUAUCAGAACAAAUACUACAAAAAAGAUGUACAUUCUUGGCAAAGGUGGAUUCGUAUUGGGAGUGUGGGCUUCUUAUAUGGAGUCUUUUACGCUAGCCCAUCCCAAAAAUCCUGGAUCUAAAACACUUCGCUACUUUGGACAUUGUCUGGCAAGAUACGUACCCAUGGGAACAUUUGCUGGGUUAUUCUUUGGCACAACCUGGUACGCUUGGAAUUCCUACUUCGACAGGGACAAUUUUUAUGGAGUUUUCUUUGCUGUAAAUGCAACUUGGGCAACUUGUCUGGGCCCAAUCUUGAAGAAAUAUCGAAAAAUGUACAACAUUGUUCCAUGGGCCUUUUUACUGGGCCUUCUUCAUGUUAGCAAUGAAAAGAAUUGGUCUCCAACUUCUAAAGUAAAAAACGUGAAAUUCUGCAACCCACGACACUAUGAAAAGGAUCUGUUUGGAAACGAAAUCAGACCAAUGAAAAACAUCUCCUAUGAAAUUGACUAAAGCAUUUGAGCGACUUGUAUAUUUCAACCGUUUGUAAAUCAAUAUUUAUAAGAUGAUAAAUAAAAGUUGUGAAAAUAA